AUGAGACCGUUUCUGAUACAACUCCUCGUCUAUUUUACGUAUGUUUUGGGUCAAAAGUUGGUGGCCAAGUUCGAGGUGACUUCGGUCGAUUCCCGGUCGGUGGUGGUGAGGAUCGUGGGUGCUGGGAAUGUGACCAGGUUCGAUAUGAAUGUACACAUCUUUGACUUGGACAGACUGAAAGAGUUUCGGCGGAGCGAAUUGAGCUCGAUGAGAUACGAAGACCAGGUGGGUUUUGGAGGGUUUUUGAUUACAGAGUGAUAAAAUGUUGGAGUAUAUAAGUAUACACAAUUAUUUUUAGAUUUUAUAUCAAAAAUAGAUUUUUAAACAUUUUUUUGUGAAACAACGACAUUUUUAGAGUAAAAGUAAUAUAUCAAGUUCUUGCUUUUUUGAAUUAUUUUUAACUUUACUUUAUUACCUUAUUGGCGUGAAAUUUGGUGCUGUUUUUGGUAGGUUACACCUGGCAUACAUUAAUAUUUGAUAUUAGUAGCUAUUGUUGAUCAUAAAAAUGGUAACAAAACCGUCUGAAGCCGUCUUUUUUAUGAUUUUUAAAAACAUUUGAACUUCUUGAUACUUUUACUACAACUUUACUGCUUUACUACACCUUCAGUACCUAAAAUAAGUCAACAAUAAUUCGUAUGCAAACCAAUUCCAAUAUUAUUUAUUGCCAUUGGUGUUGGGUCUUGUAUUACCUUUUUCACGGAAAUCGGAGAUUCUUCAAAAGUCCCGGGGAAACAAAAGACUGCACCGGAAUUAUGGUUACAUUUUUCCGGCCUAACUCUUUAAUGACCGGAGGGCCUUAAAAGAAGAAGAGGUCAUUCAAAAGUCUGUCUUCCGCUUUGCACAAAUUAAGCCCAAAACUUGUGGAAACAUGGGGAAGUACCGAAAGGUUAUGAAACAGGAGAGAGUGUUGUAUUGCUGUCAAAAAGUUUGUAGAAAAGUUGAAAAAAGGCAUGUUAUAAAAGUUUUAGAAAAACUGAAAUGAAAAUUUAAAAAAGUCAUUUUAUCGUAGGUGCAAAAGUUCGUAGAGCUUUCUGAUCAUCUUGCCUUAAGUUAAAGUUUUUAUAUUAUAAACAUGUAGGUUUUAUAGUUGAUCUCAUACUUAAAUUUGUAUGGAAAACUACUUUAAUCUCUCGAACAACGCGUGGAUUUGACCAUUACCAUUACUUCACUCGGUUUAAGUCAAGGUUUAUGACCACUUGACGACGUUUUGUUGUCUUUUGUAAUCUCAUGUAAUUCGCACUUUUAAUUCAAUUUGAAUAGGCUUUCGUAGUACUUGACAAUGGGGAGUAAGAGCUCGAAGUAGGCUGGCUACAAAAGAUGGAAUUUCAAGUUUCAUUUUGUUAAAACAUUUUUGAAAAAUUUAAAUUUUAAAUAUUUUAAAAAUUAAAAUAACUAAAAUUACCAAAGUUUACACAAGCUUAUGUUGUUCUGAAAUGUAGAUUUUUCUACCCUCAAAUAUAGGCUUUAUAAUAAAAUAUGCCACUAUAGCAAAUGCCUUCGUAUAUGCACUUAUUAAUUUAGCCUAUGUAACGUAUCAAACAAGAUAAUUAAUAUUGCGCAAGAGGAAUGAUGUUGUUCAUUGUGAAGGAGUUGAUUAGACAAAAAGGUUUUGGCCUCCAUUCAUCGGUAUAAGACGGGCCCAGCCAUAAUGGGCUCUCCAAAUUAGCUAUGAGUUGUGUGUUUUGGGUGCGCAGUUUCGGAAUUUGAUUUGGACCCAAGUUUGGUUUCCCAUUAACGGCCUUAUGGAGAGUGGUCACAUAUAAGAGCGGCUAUUACAUUUAUAUGGCGGUCAUUACAUUCAGUUAGUGGCUUUUACUUUCAUAUGAGCGGCCAUUACACUUUCCAAAGUAGUAUCUCGCGACAGGUGAAUAACAAUCUAAUUACAGCCUUGAAUACGUUUGGCCGCUAAACUUUUGCCACAAAUUAUAGUUUUGGUUACAAAUUGAGUUAAAAGUAACAACAGAAGCAUCAUGAUGAAUAUAGUGGUAAAAGAAGACUUGAUACAGCUGUAAAAACAUGAUGAAUGUAGUUGUAGGAGAGCAUGAUUAACAUACCUUUUUAGAAAAUUGGGAUAAAUUUAGAAGGUAGUAAGAGUGGUGAUGAAUAUAAAAGGAAAUGAGGAUGAAGAUAAAUUUAAGUUCAUUGAUGAUGACUGCCAUUUUAUUCACAAAAAGAUGAUUAACAUAAUAAAAGUAUACAAAACACUUUUGACAUAUAUAAAUGUAGGAAAUAAAUGUUGCAACUACUACUUAAUUAUGACAAGUUUUCUAAAAAAAAUAAUAAAAGUGUAUUUGAUUUACCACAGACCCUGGGAGUACCAAAACAGCACCAAACAUAAAAAACAGAAGUGUCAAUUUGAAUAAGAUGAUUUAAAACAAUAUAUUAUACUCAUUAAAUUUCAGCUGUUUUCGUUUGAUGGACUGACAGCCGGAACUUGGUUUGCCAUUCGAAUACAUUACCGUUUAGUCUAUCGCACGGACGAGGGAUUCGCGGACUUUGCGACCAAACAGGUUGGUACUUGAACGAUCCAAUUAGGAAACAUUUGGUAUUAAUCCACUUAACGGGUAUCUUCAGAAUGGGAAGGGAAGAAAGGUUUAUGAUACAGUAACUGUUUAUAAUAAGAUAUAAUAUGUUAGGUUAUAACAUAUGCUAUAUUAUAGUAUGACUUUUGACGUAUAUAGUAUAACAAAUUGUAAAUUAAAGCUAUGUAAGCAUUGACACUGACCUUCUGUUAUAAGAAACAUGAACUUUUUGGGUUACUUAUAGCUCUACUUUCUUGUACUGAUCGUUUUCUACAUAAAAAUAUAGCGUCAAUAACUAGUUGACAUUGUAUAAAAUUUUAAAUGCUUCAAUAAUAACGUUACAGGAGCUCAUCGUCCGAACAAAAGACGACAACGAUCGCAAUCGACCGGAUCCUCCGACCAAUUUGAGCAAAAACUUAUUGGUUCGGCCGCGCCAAGACGAGCUAGUCCAACUUGAAGGCAUCGUAUCUGACCCUUUCCAUAUCAACGUAUCUUUACUUCUUACAUUCCCGUUGCGUUCUAAAGUAAGUUUAACAAAUUUUUCAUUAAUUUUUAAAUUAAAAGUUUCUAGUAAUUGUAUUAAGUUGUUUAAAUAAUUAGUGCCCCCUAAUCCCAAAAAAUUUGCUGAGGGCACAAAAUUAUUUGAACUACCUAACAGCUAGUUCUUGUAAGAUAUGAUUGUUGGCUUCAUUUUCACAAAAGUUCAACCUUUUUACGACUUUAAGGACUACUGAUAACAUUAGUUGAUAAAAAAACUAAAAAAAUUUCGAUUUUGAUUCACAAAACUCAACUUGUUAUAGUACAAAAAUGAUUUUAACAUGAACAACAACACUAUCACAUCAUUUCGUAUCAAUCAGUAAGCCACGCUUUUAGGAAUUAAAACCAAGUCUUGUGUUAUCAGUAAGAAUGUUUAUAUAAACAUAAAUUGUCACAUAAACUAGUAAGGACAAGUACUUAACGUUCUGAGUUUAUUUUUGUAUAUUGAAAUGAAGAAAUUAUAAGAGGCUUGUUCAACAUGGUAUAGGUCAUAAACUGUCACUAUAAGUGACGCUUUUGUCUUGCCAAUCUUAUGUUUUCUAUAUAUUAUUUCACAUCAUCCUUAAACAUUGUAAAACACACUAAAACCACACCUUUUACAACAUAACCUAACCUGAUACUGUGCCAUUUCACAAGCUAACAAGACAUUCUUUCCGUCAAGUGUAAUCUCAUUAACAUAUCUUGAAGAGGUUUUUUAAUGAAUCCACAAGUGAAGCCGCAACCCAAUCCCUCCUCGUCUGACCUCAGCCGAACUCUUCAUGUGCCGCUUUGUCCCCUUUUGACUAAUGACAUUUGUCGUUUUGUGGCCAUUCAAAAAACAUAAAAACGGAAUCGGACGAGAUCGACCGCGAGAUUAGUCGCUCGAAUCACAUUAUUCACAAAACAUGGUCUUUUCUCGUUUUGUAGGACGUUUUCGAUUCUGCAUGGUUUUUAAAAAUUUUCAGGAAAAGAUCGAAUUUUUUAAUUUCAUUAUGUUGAACAGGAAGAGAUGCGCAAUAAUGACCUUUUUGAAAAAUUUUUGUUUUGAACAGCUCAAAUGUCCUGAAAGUUUCUUUAAACCUUGAAUUCAUUACUUUUUUGAAUUUUCAUUUCUUUUAAAAUUUUAAAAUCCAUAUUGAUCUUUACCAAAGAACUACUUCAGCCAAAACAUAAUAUAAUAAUAAAAUUUCUGUCUUGUUUACUUUAUGAAAAUGCUGAAAUUACGUGUCCAAUCAAAUAAUAUCUAGAGAAAGAAUGUUAUCAACCACAAAACAUAGGGUAGCAAAACAGACACUUAUAUGAAAUACGUAUUUAUAUUGUUUCUUAUUGUUAUGCUACAAAAUUGUUAUCAUAUUAUAAUGUUAUGACAAGAAUCUUUGAUAAACUUUCGUUAACCGAUCUCAAAAAGUAACUUUUAGUAAUAGCUGUAUUGUAGCAUACAGUAGACUAAUUUUUAUUUCAAUAUUUUACAACUGAAUUCUUGAUUAAAGUAAAGUAUGUCUUGUUUUUAUUAGUCUUCCAUUUUUGAUCAAUUUGUGACCUUAGGGUUACAAAAGCAAACGAUACGUUAACUUUAUAAUAUUUGCAUAAGAUUUGUUAUGGUUGAGAAUGUUUUGAAAAACAUGGAAUUUACACAAGAUAAAGUAAAGGCCACAGUAUCAAAUGAAGUUUAAAAAUCCAACCAACAAACAAAAAAGUUAAAACGUUAUAUUAAAAACGAUACAACAAAAGAAAUUUUAAAAUUCACCAUUACAUACUCUCAAAUUUCAGGUAAACACUGUGAUAGUGCCCGAACUAAAAUGUGAGCUGGGCACGGUAAAACCCCCUGCCCAACAACUCCACUCCAACAAUGUCAAGGUCUACUUUGAUCUGCAUCGUCUGAUGGCGUUACAGCGUACACAAACCCAGACUCCCAACUGUUAUCGCCUGUGUAUAUACCCAUUCGUACGAGCAUCAAUCGACGACAAGAUGGAGACGUUCAGGGCCAAGGAAUGGUGCGGGUCCCUUGAAGAAGCCUAUGAACUGAUAGGAGCACCAACCAACGGGAGGAAUCAAUCUGGAUUCAGCUGGCUACUGGGCUUCUUGCUCUAUAUCUUCUUCAGGGUUUUUUCUAACUGA